GAUCAUAGCUCCUCCCCCUUAGUGACGCACGCUCCUCUCUGGAGCGGACUGCAUUGAACACACACUGAAUUCAAUGAAGAGUGCAGUAUACAAACUUUACUUUAACAACAACACUGGAGGAGCAAAAUACUUUUCAUUGCUGCUGACAGGUCAGGAAAUUUCACCACAGAAACCUCUUCCUCUCCCCCCAUGACAUUGAGUGGUGUGGUGGGACAUCACAGCCGGUCUGGUUAAUGAUGAUGUCAACAGUGAUGACUAAGGUUUGGAAGAUGUACAGCAGGUGUCCAAUGCAGGAAACCCCAAUAAGGAAUUAUGUCUCUUGAAUGAUUCUGUGGAAUUGCUGUCAGAUUAAGUUUUGUAUCCCGACUCAUUCAGAAGUCACUGUGAGCUGUAUGAGGUGAACCGUCAGAAUCAUGUCAGAUUUUGGACACGUUGGAGCCACACGGGUCAUCAGUAGUAACUCAGAUGAGGAUGAACCACAGCCGAAUAAAAGUGAGGAGAAUAAUUCGGAUCGCGGACACAAAGCUAUGAUGGACAAGAUAGAGGAGUUUUUUAAGAUCUGUGACAGCGAGGGAAAAGGCUUCAUCACACGCACUGAUAUGAGGAGGUUACACACAGAAUUGCCGCUAACUGCUGAUGAGCUCGAGAACGUCUUUGACUCGCUAGAUCUUGACAAAAACGGCUCCCUCAGCGUAGGAGAGUUUUCCUCUGGAUUCAGUAGAUUUCUUCAUAGACGGAGCAUCUCUAUAACAGAGGAUUUAUUUCUCACACCGUCUCAAAAUGUCCCAGAAGACCUUCAUGAGAGCCAAUGGGACGAGUGUUUUUCAGAAAAUGAAGAUGAUGAAGAGAGGCAUUUCAGCAUGUUGAUAGAGAGCUUGGGUGCCAGCAAUGUCUUUGAGGACCCGAAUGAGGUGCGCAGUCUGUGGACUCAGCUCAGGAAAGAUGAACCUCACCUCUUGUCUAACUUUGAAGAGUUUCUGGCCCGUGUCACACAUCAAAUCAAAGAUGCACAACAAGAUAGGAAACAGAUGGAGAGCGCCCUCAAGAGAAACGCAGCCACACAUGACAGUGAAAUCCGUAAAUUGUAUGAGGAAAUGGAACAAGAGAUCACUAAAGAAAAAGAUCGAGCAAUACUGAAGGACUCUGAAAGUCUGCAGAUGCGCAGCCAGAACCUCCAGCAGCAGCUUCGCAAUAAAGAACAAGAUCUGGAGCAACUUUUCCAAAAACAAAGGAGGUUGGAGCGGCAAUGUCUCGAGCUUCACAGCGAGCACCAGGAGAGCCGGCUAGAAAACGUCAAACUGAAACUGACCAAUGAGGAGCUGUCUCAGGAGCUCGCGCACACCUGCCAGGAGCUGAUGUUGGCUCAGGAGCAGCUGGGCGUCCUGCAGGAGCAGGCAUCUCGACUACAGAAGGAGAGAGAGAUGGAGAUGUACAGAAUUACAGAAGGACUGCAGAGAGAAAAACAAAGUUUGAUGAAACAGUUGGAUCUACUCAGAGAAAUGAAUAAGCAUCUAAGAGAUGAGCGAGACAUUAGCUUUCUGAAACCCAACAAUUCAAUAAAGAAACCGUCACGGACGCAAAGGCCGAGCUCAACCUCGACGAAAUACAAAGAGAGAAAAUCAUCAGUCAAAAAAGAAGUUGACAAAGAGGAAGUGACUCAUCACCCUAACAGGAAGUCCUCCUCUACAGUGAACGAUCGCUGCCUACCCUUUACCACAGGGGAUGAUGGGAAGGUAGCUGGGGACACAGAAAGUGUAAACGUUGGGACGGAUGUGGAGGAUUCGCCCCCAGAUGGUUGGCCUCUACGCAGGGUCAUUUCCAUCGAGGAGGACCACCUGCCCCACCUGCUGCAAGGAGACCCCCAUCUUCUGCUCCACCAGUUGAGCGAAGAAGAGGAGGAGCAGGGGGGAGAGGAUGAAGGUCACCCCUCCAAUGGAUCCCUGGCUUCUGUUGAUUCUCCACCACCAGUGAGGGUAAAGAAGCCAUCGAAGAAGAAGUGGAUCGGAGGAAAUAUGCCCACUUCAGCCCGGGGUCAACCUGUGGGGAAAGAGACCCUCCAGCAGGGUCAUGCAGAAGGUGGAUCUGUGGUUCCUCAGCGUCUCUUUAAAGUGAUUAUGGUGGGAAACUCCAGCGUGGGUAAAACGGCAGUGCUGAGACGUUUCUGUGAUGGACACUUUCACUCCACCACCUCUGCCACUGUUGGCGUUGACUACAGUGUACGAACAUUGAAUUUGGGAGACAGUUACGUGGCUCUUCAGUUAUGGGACACCGCAGGCCAAGAGAGGUACCGCAGCAUUACCAAGCAGUUUUUCCGCAAGGCAGAUGGCGUGGUCGUCAUCUAUGACAUCACAGCGGUGGAUAGUUUCAAAUCUGUGCGCUCCUGGCUGGCAAGCAUACAGGAGGCGGUGGGCGACCCCAUUCCUGUCAUGCUCCUCGGAAACAAAUCGGACAUGGAAAACGAUAGGGAGGUGCAGACGAAGGCCGCAGAGAUGCUAGCUCAGGAGAUGCAUCUGUUGUUCAGUGAGUGCAGUGCAUAUACUGGAGCUAAUGUGCUUGAGGCCAUGAUACAUCUGGCCAGGGUCUUGAAAGAACAGGAGGACAAGGUUUGGGUCAACACCGUCAGUCUGGUGAAUCAGCCAUUAAAGAGGAAAUCCUGCUGCUAGUGACCACAAAAACACUCACACACACCUCUGGAUAUCUGAUGUGUUCAUCUUACUUGAAUCAAAAAUUUCAAGUGUAAAGAAACACCCUAAAGUGCAUUCAAUAGCAGCCAGGUCUCACGAAAUGUCGUUAUAUAGUCACGUAUUUUUUGUAUUCUUUUUUCGG